AUGCGCAACCUUUUGCGCACCUCCUCAUUCCGGCCCUCGUCACUCGCAUCCUCCCAAUGGCAACAUACGACGUCACCCGUACCAAUCCGGUGGAAUUCCUCCUUCACAGGUGAUCGCUUCGCGCAGCUCGCCAGCCGACCAGCUUCCAGACACCAAAUAUACCAAUCGCUAUCCAACGACCCCUACGUCAACCUCUCUAUCGAACAUUUCCUCCUCCAGCAUGCGCCCGCCGACUCGAACAUCCUAUUUCUAUAUAUCAAUCGCCCCUGUGUCGUGAUCGGUCGCAACCAGAACCCAUGGCUUGAAACCAACCUUCGCGUGCUACACAACGACCGGACCGCCGCCGCCACCAGCAGCCCGCCUUUACCCAACCAGAUUGAAAAUGCCACGGCUCCCCUCUACGUCCGCCGCCGCUCCGGCGGAGGCGCUGUCUUCCACGACGAAGGCAACCUCAACUACAGCGUGAUUUCGCCGCGCGCGACGUUCACCCGCAACAAGCACGCCGAGAUGCUGGUGCGGGCACUUCACCGCAUCGGCGCGACCACCACCAGCGUCAACGACCGCCACGACAUCGUCAUGCAACUCGAGAACUCCGGGCGGCAAGCGGAGCAGCCUGAUCUGCAACCGCGCAAGAUCUCCGGGUCCGCCUUCAAACUCACCCGCGAGCGCGCGCUUCACCACGGCACCUGCUUGCUCGAUUCUCCCAACAUCGACCGGCUGGGCUCGUUCCUGCGCUCGCCGGCGCGGGAGUAUAUGAUGUCAAAGGGGGUGGAUAGUGUGCGGUCGCCCGUGGCGAAUGUGUCGUCGGCCUUCAGGAAUGCACCGGUCUCGUUCGAGAUCCAGGAUGUCAUUGCGGGAGUGAUGGAUGAAUUUGCGAGACUCUAUGGAACAUGCUCGGAUGCUGUGCGCCGGGCGCAGAGGGCCCACAUUGUAGAAGAUUCGGAAUUGUAUGCCGGAGAGGACUGGGUGGCUGGGACUGUUGGGGAGGAGCAAGGGUAUGGAGAGGCGGAGAUCGUGAAGGGGAUCGAAGAAAUGAAGUCCCUCGAGUGGAAAUACUGCCAGACACCCCGGUUCAUCUUCUCGACCCAUCCGAUAGAAGGGGAGGACCCGCGCGACCGGCCUCCUCUGCCGGCCUCCUUGCCGCCGUCUACUCGCGUUUUUCUUCGUCUCAAACAUGGCGCCAUCGUCGAAAGCCACAUCUCUACCUCCUCGGACACCUCUAUAGCUGCAGAACAGGCAGCCCGCUUACAAGAGGCCCUGAAGGACCGCAAACUCCACGGAAUUCAGCCAGCUCAAUGGAUACAGAUUCUCUCAACUCAUCUGGGUACCGAAGAGGAACCUCGUACGAUUCAGGAACUCUCGAGGUUUGUCACGCAUAAACUGGGGUGGGUCUAG